UCUUCCCUCUCAACUGCCACGUCUCCAUUUCUCUCCCUUCUUCUCCACAGCACUCGCCCCUUCUCAUUUCAAAUCCCUUCGUCUUCCUCGUCGAUCGCCUUUCAAAUUUCUUCCUCGUUAAUGGCGGAAUACGGGCGUAGCAGUCGGUUCUUCAAGUUCAGACCCCAACACCUCGCGGCGGAGGCAUCCCUUCUCGAUUAGUCUGAGUUCGAUCUCAAAGGGAUCGAUCGAUUUCCUCUUCGCAUCGGUGUUCGGACUUUUACUCGUGUGUGUUCUGAUCCCUCUGGGAGAAUCGAUGGUUGGGAAGUAUCGCCACGACUUCUUCUUCGGGACGGCGGUGCAGAUGGCGCGGAUCAUGCUCCGGAUCCACUACUCCAGGCUCUUCUGGCAGCUCUUCGGCGUCUUCAACUACGAGAACCACGAAGGAAACCCGCGCAUCAUCUAGCGCACCCAUCGCCGCUGAUUUCUGUUAAUUCGUCCUUUGGAGUUCUGCUCUUGCUUUCCGCUUCUUAAUAUUUCCUAGCGCUUCUUCUCGUUUUCUUUCUUGUUCUUGGUCUCUGAUCGGCCGAUGAGGCCGCAGCCGGUGGAGAGGCGGCGUCCGGAGCUCGUCGACAAGCUGAAUGGCUACGUCGAGACCGAUUCAGCGGGUCGCUACGGUCGUCAUAUCUCUUUAUUUUCUCUGCUAUCCACUUGCUAUCUCAAAGUUCCAACGUUGCCAAAGAAACUCUGCUCAAGUUGCAAGGAGGAAAGUGAUCAGGAUUACAAAGUCAAUGGAACUUUUAAUGAUAUUGAAACUCUGAGAUUCGAUGAAAUGCUAGGGAAGGGAGCCAUGAAGACAGUUUAUAGAGCAUUUGAUGAACUAAAUGGCAUUGAAGUGGCCUGGAACCAAGCCAAAAUCUGCAACGUGAUGCGCUCUCCUGAAGCACUGGAGCGCAUGUGCUCAGAGGUCCAGCUUCUCAGCUCUCUCAACCAUGACUCCAUCAUCAAGUUCCACGCUUCUUGGAUUGAUGCAGAAAACAGGACUUUCAACUUCAUCACCGAGAUGUUCACCUCCGGCACCCUCCGAGAGUAUCGUCAAAGAUAUCCCCGAGUUGAUGUCAAUGCUGUCAAGAGAUGGGCACGGCAAAUCCUCCAGGGACUGGUAUACUUGCAUGGCCAUGACCCUCCGGUUAUUCACAGAGACCUAAAGUGUGACAACGUUUUUGUCAAUGGGCAUCUAGGGCAAGUCAAGAUUGGUGAUCUCGGCCUGGCUGCUAUGCUCCGUGGAACACAGUGCGCCCACAGUGUCAUAGGGACACCAGAGUUUAUGGCACCGGAAGUUUAUGAAGAGGAAUACAAUGAGCUUGUUGAUAUGUACUCAUUUGGAAUGUGUGUUCUCGAGAUGCUUACCUCUGAAUACCCCUACAGCGAGUGUUCAAAUUCAGCUCAAAUUUACAAGAAAGUUACUUCAGGAAAAUUGCCAGAUGCAUACCAUCGCCUCAAGGAUCCCCAAACAAAGCGUUUCAUUGGAAGGUGUUUAGAGAGAGCCUCAGAGAGAGCAUCGGCGAUGGAGCUCCUCCUUGAUCCCUUCCUUGCACUUGAAGAUCAUCCUACUUCCUUAUCAAGCUUCAAAAAUCCAGCCAAUGUUUUUAACAAGGUUAUUAUUGCAUCAGGAGCACCCAAUCAUAUGCAGGUGGCAGACGAUGAUCCCGAACUGAAUACUGAUCCCGUAUCGCAGGCUGCUAACAUGACCAUCACUGGCAAGAUAAAUCCGAAAGAUGACACUAUAUUUCUCAAAGUGCAAAUUGCUUAUCAAGAAGGGAAGAUGAGCAACGUAUAUUUUCCGUUUGAUACUGUUGAAGACACACCAUUGGACGUGGCGAAUGAGAUGGUGAAGGAACUUGACAUAAGGGAUCGAGAACCAUCAGAGAUAGCAGAGAUGAUCGCCCAAGAGAUAACAAGUUUGGUGCCUGGUUGGAAAGAAGACUGCGAGGCGCGCCACCAAGUUUGCAACUAUGUCGAUGACAAAGAAGAUCGGAGCAGCCAUCCCUUCUACUACCUCUCCUCCCCUACAUCUUCCCAAGGUUCAGUUGCCUUUGGCAUGAGCUCCUCCCAAGGAUACAACCAUCUCCAAAAAGAAUUGGCCGGAGAUUGCUCAUUUCUGGACGACGACGACGAUGAUAUGAGCUCUGUUCACCCAAUUAAUUACUCUGCUAUUAACUACACUGAUCAAGAACUUUGUGCAAGUUUCGACCAGGGAGAUCCGAACGGCCUAAAUUCGGCGAGAUUCUGCAUUGGCGAAGGUUUUGGUUGCUGCUAUAGCGGCGGUGGAGAGAAAAGUGCGGCAGGAGAUGCACACCAACGCCACCACCACCGGCGGCUGCUUAGGAACCAGUCGAUGCUGGACUUGCGAAGCCAGCUGCUGCACCGGGCGCUGGUGGAGGAGCUGAACAAGCGGACGUUUAAGACGAUUUGCGCCGUCGAGAACAUAGGCUGCCAGAUGCCAUGCUCAUCGUCGUCUUCAGCCCGCUGCAAUUAUCAUCAUCGUCAAAAGCAAAGCAAGGAACCCAAUUCACCUGCAGCACGAGGAAGAGGUUGAAUGAACUAGACCGUAAGGUGAUUGUAAAUAGUAGGUAUUUGCUACUAUCAGACCUCUGUGUUCCAGAUUGUAAAUAGAGAUAAUCCUCUUUUUAUUUCA